ACUGAGGGUAUGGUGAAACCUAUGCGAGCGCUUCUCACAAGGCUUCACGGGAUAUACAUACAACGUUUUUGAGGCGGAACAAGCUGACAAGGCGUCCUGUCUUGCUGUCAAACCAGUCCACGAGUAUGUUUGAGGAGCAUGCUUGAGCUGUGAACUAGUACACAAAAACUUAUUUGGAGUAGGACUGUCACCUCCGUUUAGUCUACAUGCGUUUACAAACAUGUCUUUGGACUAGUGUUUGCUGUAGUUCGAGCUCAUGCCCCUAAAGCCGUGCCAAUGCCGAGGAAUGGAUACUAGUGUCUCUGGCAAAGGUGGAAACAUGGUAGCAAGUGAUGAGGAGCAUUUGGACGGGAGGGAUGGCAGUAACGCAGGGAUGGACGCGCUUCACCAGUGCAAGCUCAUCCAGAACUUGAUCGAGAUCUCCAUCUCUAGUCUGAAGGGGCUCCGGACCAAGUGCGCCGCAUCUAACGACCUGACCCAACACGAGAUACGCGCUUUGGAGGUGAAGCUGGUGAAGUACAUCAGUAAACAGUUAGAGUGGAAGCAGAGCGUUCCAGAGAGUGACAGACCGCUGGCGCUGGACUCUUACCCAAACCUCACAGACUGGCUCUACAUCAUCAACCUCCGGCCAGAACUCAUUGAGGCAGUCCCUGUGAAGCUGUCUCUGGAUGCUUUGCUGCAAAUGUCCAGUGCCCAGGUGGAAGACACCAUGAAAAGACUGGGUUGUAGCAGCGAGGAGUGUUCCCGCAUCACCGCUGCCCUCUCCUGUCUCAAGAGCGCUACUGACACAGGAGGAGGACUUCUUAGGAAAGAAGGCAUCCCGUGGAUAGCAGAACCCACUCAACGUGACAGUACCUCUGCUGACCCGCUGUCUUGUUCUAUGCGUGCACCUCAGUCUUACAGUCCCAACCCAAUCAGCUGGCCCCCUCCUUCUGCUUUCCCUGCCCCUCGUUCCUGUGUGUCAGUUUCUGCCCUACCCUCAGCGGACUUCCCUACAAUUGUCCACACCCGCUAUGACGGGCUGACGGACCCCUUCUCAUCCUCCCCGCAGCUGAACCGCUGCACCUCCGGGCUGCUGUCCACCCCUCCAGCCACCCCACCACCGAAAAAGUCCGGCAAGUUGAAGCCCCUACGAACUCCACCACCCCCCUCCCGCAAGCUGCUGAACAUCUUUCCCAGCAUCACCCUCACACGCAGCAAGAGCCAGAGCCAACUGGCCAACCGGAUAGAUGACCCUACACCCAACAAGAGUGGGAAGAAAAACAAGCCGCUUCUGAACGUGCAGGUAAACGGUGGAGGAAAUGGCUGGGAAGACUCACCAUCACGAUCACCACUGCUGUCUGCCCGUUCCCCCUGCAUCCUACCAAAUACCCCCAGUCAUCUGGGAGAUCCUGCGGGUAUAAGAAAUAAUAUUGCAACCCAUGGAAGCUCUCCGCUAAUCAUGAGGAAGGAUAUUGGUCUGGAUGUCACACACAGGUUUUCCACCAAGUCCUGGUUGUCUCAGACGUGCCAGGUGUGCAAGAAGAACAUGAUGUUUGGUGUUAAAUGCAAACAUUGCAAGGUGAAGUGCCACAACAAAUGUACCAAAGAGGCCCCUAAGUGCAGGAUUUCAUUUGCACCAUUUCCAAACAAGAUCAGAAGAACGGAAUCAGUACCAUCAGGAAUCAACAACCAGGUGGAGCGACCGGCAGAGUCGCAUCAGUACGGAACAUUACCCAAGGCAAUAAACAAAAAGGAGCACCCUCCAUCACUGAGUCACCUGGACUCCAGUAGUAACCCCUCCUCCACCACCUCCUCCACCCCCUCCUCACCUGCCCCCUUCAGUCAGAGCAACCCCCCAAGCGCCACUCCGCCUUCCAACCCCUCCCCUAAGGGUCACAUUGACAGUCGCUUUCACUUCCCAGCUGCCUGCUACUUUCAGCAUAGACAGCAGUUUGUCUUCCCUGACGUAUCCAGUUCCACGCAUCCAAAUGGCAGUUACAACACUGGAAAGUCACAUGGGUUCAGAAAAACGGAAACAGACCAGUUGGAUGGUAAUGUCAAGCAGACCUCAACAGGCCAAAGAGAAGCUGUGGAUGAGGAACAGCAAGGGGACGACGGUCAGGAUCAGGAGGGAUCGGACGAUGAAAGUGAAGAUGAUGAAGUGGAUGACCUGCCCAACUGCAGGGGAUACUGGAAGGACCACAUAAGCCGUAAGGCCAGCCAGACUAGCGUUGACCUUCGGGAGUGGGAUGUGCCGUUUGAGCAGCUCGAGCUCGGAGAGCUGAUCGGUAAAGGCCGCUGGGGGAAGGUGUGCAGGGGCCGCUGGCACGGAGAGGUGGCCGUUCGACUGUUAGAGAUCGACGGUAACAAUCAGGAGCACCUGAAGUUGUUCAAGAAGGAGGUGAUGAACUACCGGCAAACACGACAUGAGAACGUCGUGCUGUUUAUGGGGGCCUGUAUGAACCCGCCCCAUCUGGCCAUUAUCACCAGCUUUUGUAAAGGACGGACGCUGUACUCUGUUGUGAGGGACUCUAAACUUGACCUCAACAAAAUACGACAAAUCGCUCAGGAAAUAGUAAAGGGAAUGGGUUACCUUCAUGCAAAGGGAAUUGUGCACAAAGAUUUAAAGUCCAAGAAUGUGUUUUACGAUUCAAACAAAGUAGUCAUCACAGAUUUUGGCCUGUUUGGGAUGUCUGGAGUGGUCCAAGAGGGCAGGCGUGAAAAUGAACUGAAGCUGCCACGGGGGUGGAUCUAUUACUUGGCACCAGAGAUCGUGCAAAAGAUGGGACCAGGAAACCAAGACUGUUUGCCCUUUUCAAAAGCUGCUGAUGUUUACGCCUUUGGCACUAUCUGGUAUGAGCUCCAGGCCAAAGACUGGCCCAUCAUCAACCAACCGACUGAAGUUUUGAUCUAUCAGCUGGGAAGUGGAGAAGGCAUCAGAACGUUACUGACCUUUAAGGGUACAAGCCUGGGCAAGGAGGUUACGGAGAUCCUGUCCGCCUGCUGGUCCUUUAAAGUUGAGGACAGACCUACAUUCACUCAGCUGUCGGACUUACUAGAGAAGCUGCCGAAGCUCAAUCGCAGGCUCUCGCACCCCGGACACUUCUGGAAGUCUGAGGAGUAUGUAUCCUAGACUGGACUGCUGGCAUGCUGUGAAUCCCCCUUUUUUGGGGGGGUGUAGUUUAGUGAGCAUGGUAACUAACUGAUGGUUUGGAGCCGACCUGUGCAUUGUUUUGUUUUUUUAUUCUGAGCCUUCUUAAUCUUACACUAUUGGAUUUUUAGUGUAGCGAGUAUCAGAGGGAUGCUGUGCAUGAAAUCAACCGAAUGAGUGCUGUGUCUUAUAUUUGGUCAAACCUGAUGUCAUAUGGUGCGGGAAAUCAUUUUUGAGAGCGUAUGUGACAAUAAGUGAUGAAAAAACGAGUGUAUGUUUGUGGGUGUUUUUCUGCUACCAAAGUUUUUGCCUGUUAUAUGAAUGACGGGUCUGGUUUGCUAAUAUGUGUGAAGCUUGUGUUUUUAUCAUUUAUUAUUCACCAUAUAGAAAUUUAGAAUCGGAUCCUGUUCUGGUUUAGCGGGAAGAUGCGCAUUGAUUUAACCUGUUACAUUUUAAAGAUGUUCAUAUGUCCAGAUAUCUGGCCUGUGGUCAGUAAUGCACCUGUUAUAUUUAAAAAAAUAUAUUGUUUAGACUGUGGUGAAACGGGCACAAUCAGAUAAUUAUUUUUAUAAUAAAUAAAAUUCUAAUGACAAUAAUUGUAAUUAUAUUAUUAUUAUUAUUAUUAUUAAUCAGUAAAACCAUAUGAAAAGUCUUUUACGGAGGAAAAAAAAGUAAUGUUUCUGUUUGUUGUUUCUGCCCUUUUUCUUGUGGGUCUCUCUCCAUUCUGGGAAUGGGCCAAACUGUGAUCUCAUCUGUCAUCUGCUGUUCCUGUCUCCACAACCUUUGUUCUCACCACCAACGUGUCACUUUAUUUUCUCCUCUGUACUUUCCUUCCUUCUGUUCUCUGAUUGGCUGAAUGUUCAGUGCAUGGCAUCACCACUGUCUGCGCGAGCACUGCAGUCCGGGUCUACGCUCUCGCUGUCCCUAUGUGUACAAAUACGACCAUUUGUCCACAGCUGCCGUUAACAUCAGCUCGGCUGCUGCAUUCAAAGAAAGCAGCUGAUUCAGAUGUCUGAUUCUAUUCCAUUUAUUUCCUGUGUGAUUUAUUGAUUUCUAUGCUUUUCAUAAACAGAGCGUCUUUCAAAUCUUUGCACUGUUCGCCUUUGUGUUGCUUUUCAUUAGCAGUACUUUUAGUCUCUUAGGCUUUUAAACCUUUGACUGUUCUAAUACUGAGCAAAGGCAUUUCAGCUGAACUUUGUAAAUGGAAAAUAUGCUGAUAGGAUUUCCUGCUUUUUUUUUUUUUUGGAGCUAGCAGGCUUUUCCAAGUUACAUAUUCCCCUUGUGUGCUGUGACUGCCGUCACAUGAAUAGAAUGUGAUCUCUAUUGCACUUCUGAUAGUCAAGACCUUAUGCUUUGCGUUCCACAAAUCUUCUACUGUAUUCUUACACAAGUGACUUCCAUUUCCCACAUUUUUGCUCAAAAUUAAGAUGAAUAAUAUUUUACCGGAUGCUAAUCUGACCUACUGAGCCGAGCCCUACCAGGACAGUUUAAGAGCCUCAAAAAUAAAGAUCCUGACUAGGUAUUUGUAAUAUCAUAAAGUAUGAAAGAUAUUUUGACCCAUCAGGAUGACGUUCAGGAACUUUUAAUGUCUAAUACCUCUCGUUUGAGUUUGUGUGACUGUAUGUGAGUGUGUGAGCGUUUGCAUGCAGAGUUUUGGGUGAUUUAUUUGUGGUGUUAUAAGAAAAAAUGAGAGGAUGAUUGUUAAAGUCUGCAGUGACUGUUCCCAUAACAACAGACAAUAGAGAACUAUUGUUUUAUUUAUUGUACAGCUAAGAUUUCUUAUGUUAUUUGUACAAAAUUUUAUAUGUUCCAUCAAAUUAUUUUGAAAAGGUACUUUACUCCUGUUGUACAGCUCUUUAUAUACAAAGUGUCUCGGAUAUAAAAUGUACAUUUCUAGAAUGAGAUUGUGGUUUUAAUGUUAUGUAAUUAUGAAUUCAUAUUUUUGUAAAGCUUAUAGCCGUGUGUCUGUAAACACAAUGUAAUUUUAUCCUGGCAGAAAUAAUAAACAAAUGAAACAUU